AUGAUUGGUGAAGCGAUAUUACCCACAGAUUCCACUGUUCUUCUUGGCCGUGAAGAUCAGAGCGAAGCUGAAUAUCAUCCACAUGCUUAUAAAUUAUAUCGUACUCGUUUUUGGAUAUUAUUUGUAUUCUCAUUUUUGGCAUUUAACCAAUGCAUGUUUUGGCUGACAUUUUCACCAAUCGCAAGAUCAACAGAAAUCUAUUAUAAUGUUACAGAAGCAACAGUUGAUCUUCUGCUUAAUUGGGGCCCGAUCAUUUUUAUACCCUGUUUACCGAUAACCUACAAACUUUUAAACUCAAGAAAUGGUCUAAGAAAAUGUAUCCUAUUAGUGGCAAUAUCAUGUUUUAUUGCAACAAUAUUAAGAGUAAUACCAUCGAUUGUGACUAUUCAUGGUAAGAAGCAUGUUUCUGGGAUCGCUGUACCAUUCCUACAUUUGGGUCAAAUCAUUAAUGCUGCAUGUGGACCGCUGGUGAUGGCACCGUAA